GCCACGGACCAGCAGAGGACUUGCGUCGGGGAUUGGUCCCUUCUACAGGCCGGAUCUCCUACAGGAUUCGUCAGAGGAUGACGAGGUGGAAGUGCAGCAGCCUGCUGUUUCUACAUCCCUGUCUGCACAAAUGCAAUUGGUGGCAGACGUACAGGAAGGGCAGGAUCCCUCAAAUGUUCAGAGGGUACACACCCUGGCAUCCCAGAUUACUUCCCGCCAGGAUACUUACACGAAUGUCGUUGAAACCAGACUGGAUGCCAUUGAGAAGACAAUGGAGAAGAUGGCAAACAGUCUGGUUGAAAUGCAAAAGGCUCAUGCCGACAGCACGGCCGAAAUGCAAAAGACCAGACGAGAAGAUCACAGGGAGACUAUGGACAUCCUUCACAUUCUGGCCACAUCCAUCAACCGGCUGGUGGAGAACACAUCAUGCCUGGCACACAGCACUGACAACAUGUCGGAGAGCCAACGACAUUCGGCAUCCAGCCAACAGAUCAUCGCAACCACACUGCAGAUGAUGUACGAUAAGCUCCCAGAGCCAGCUCAUCAACACGCUGGUGAUCCACCACUUCCGCCAUCACAAGCCACAUGGACGCCUCCUUCCCUUCCUCCACCACCAUCCUGGUAUAGACGGUCACAGCUGUACCAAGGAUAUACAGGGAUGUACCCCACCCACCAGAUGCCUCCACCACCAACACCGGCUGCAACAUCUACACCCGCACGGGCACCGAGGCCAAGUCAAUACACUCCCCAGCCGCCCAGGGCAUCGACGCCCCAUCAGGAGGAAGACGAGGAUCCGGACGGACAACCACCAUAAGCCCGGUCGUAUUGUUUUAUUUACUGUUAUGUUUUUC